AUGACCUCCCUCUUCUUCUCCACCCCCGUCGACAUUGACGUCGUCCUCGAGGAUAGCGAUGAGCGUCAGACGGUGGAUGUCAAGCUCGACAAGGGCCGUCGCGAGAGAGUCCCUCUGUAUAUGGAUGGAGAGUCGGUGAAGGGUGCCGUUACUGUGAGACCCAAGGAUGGAAAGCGAUUAGAGCAUACGGGCAUUAAGGUGCAAUUCAUUGGCACGAUUGAGAUGUUCUAUGACCGCGGUAACCAUUACGAGUUCCUCUCCUUAGUGCAGGAGCUCGCCGCCCCCGGAGAGCUGCAACACCCGCAAACGUUCCCCUUCAACUUCAAGAACAUCGAAAAGCAAUACGAGUCAUACAAUGGCAUCAAUGUGAAGCUGCGGUACUUCGUCCGGGUAACGGUCUCGAGGCGGAUGGCGGACGUAAUCCGAGAGAAAGACCUAUGGGUGUACUCCUAUCGCAUGCCCCCGGAGACCAACAGUCCCAUUAAGAUGGAUGUUGGUAUCGAGGAUUGUUUGCACAUCGAGUUCGAAUAUUCCAAGUCCAAGUAUCACCUCAAGGACGUCAUUGUGGGGCGCAUCUACUUCCUGCUGGUGCGAUUGAAGAUCAAACAUAUGGAGCUAUCCAUUAUUCGACGUGAAACGACUGGAUCUCCCCCGAAUCAAUACAAUGAAAGUGAGACUUUGGUGCGGUUUGAGAUCAUGGAUGGUUCGCCCUCACGAGGCGAGACUAUCCCCAUUCGUUUAUUCCUCGGAGGGUUUGACUUGACGCCAACCUUCCGAGACGUGAACAAGAAAUACUCAACCCGCUAUUAUCUCAGCCUGGUGCUUAUCGACGAAGAUGCCCGUCGGUACUUCAAGCAGUCCGAAAUCGUCCUGUACCGUCAGGCUCCCGAGAUUGCUACCACGCCGCAGAUCGCUCAGCAACAAUUGAUCCAACAGCAGCAACUCCAGAACCAGCACCAGCAACAGCUGCCGCCGGGAUCCGCCACCGCAGGCCCUGGACGGGAGCCGUUACCUAACCCGACCGUCACUGCCCCUGUGGCAUAG